UGAGAAGAGGAACAGUGGAGUGAAGUGAGAACAGAGAAGAGGAGGAGGAGAGGACAGGACAGGAAAAUAAGGGGGCUUCCAUUUGAAAGUCCUCGUGUCGGCAUAUGAAGUCCUGGUGUGUCGCAAAGGCAACAGCAGGAAGCUGAAGUAUUGUAGAGAGAGAACAGGUAAACGACGGGGGAAAAAGAAAGGAGAGACGGGGGAGAAUCUGAGCCAACACAGACUGGAGUGAUUUUUACAUUUUUUUCCAAGAGAGACGGAGACAAGUGGAGGCAGCGAUGCAGGGCUCUCACUGGGAGUGUGUGGUGUGUCUGACGCCGUCAGGGUGCCAUGGCUCUGGUUCAGGCACUACCUGUGACCGUGACUGACCACCCCAAUCCAGGUCUUGACGUCCAGCAGUGCAGGCCGCUGUCAUCCCACUCCCCCUCAGGCCCGUGCCCUGGCCCCUGUGGGCCCUGCAGCUCUGGGACAACCAUGGGUUCUGUCAGCAGUCUCAUAUCAGGCCGGACGUACCAGGAGAGGCACUGCCGGGCCGGCAGUGAAUUCACAACCAAGUCACGCCGCUCCACGCCAGCUACCAGCUGCUUCCGGCUCCAGGAUAACACCCUACGUAGCGGCAGCUCCCUGGAGCAGCUGCUGGUUAUCAGCAACCAAACACAUCCUCAGGCCCAAGUUCUGCCUCCACCACUGCCCACCAAGAAGCAGCCCCGGCCUGGUAACUCCGCUGGGGCAGGCGGCGGAACGGUUGCUGGAGCAGUAGGUGGUUGCACUAAUGGGAACUUUGGGCAUGUGAGUGAUGAGGUGGUGAUUGGAGACUGGAAUGACAACCUGGUGCUGGCAGCUACAAGCCCCUGCAGUGACUCGGAGGACCAAAGGGACAACAGGACUCUGAACGGCAACAUUGGAGGGCCUCCUCCAAAACUCAUUCCAGUGUCGGGACAGUUAGAGAAGAACAUGGAGAAAGUGCUGAUCCGUCCUACAGCGUUCAAACCUGUCAUUCCCAAGAAUCGUCACUCUGUGCAGUACUUGUCACCACGGCCAGGGGGCAGCAGUCUGUCAGAGAGCCAGGCCAGCCUCAACCUCCUGCUGCCCCUCGGUGGAUCCAACAGUGCCAGCGGUACGAGUGGCAUCGGAGGUAGCGGCAGUUCCAGCUCUGAAGGGAAGCGCAACUCCUACAGCGGAGGCCGCAAUGCUCGGAGCAGCCAAUCCUGCUCCAUGUCUGAUUCAGGGAGGAACUCCCUCUCCAGCCUCCCUACUCACAGCAGCACAGGCUACAGUCUGGCCCCCAGUGAGGGCUCCAGCUCCGGGUCUGGCUCCGGGGGCCAGCUGGAGCCCGUAACAGGCCUGGGCCGAAACACUUCAGGUGGAAGUGGGAGCCAUGGUCACACUAACUCAGACAGUGGACGUUCCUCAUCCAGCAAGAGCACUGGCUCAGGGUCGCUAAGUGGGCGCGGGCAGCCCUUGUCAGACAGCGGGUCCUGUGGCCACUCGCCACCACCCGUGGAGGGCUACGAGGCGGUAGUGAGGGAGCUGGAGGAGAAGUUGAGAGAACGAGACCAGGAGCUCCAGCAGCUCAGAGAAAAUCUGGAUGAGAAUGAAGCUGCCAUUUGCCAGGUGUAUGAGGAGAAGCAGCGUCGCUGUGAAAGAGAGAUGGAGGAGCUGAGACAGAGCUGUGCAUCAAAGAUGAAACAGGCCUCUCAGAAGGCCCAGAGGGCACAGCAGGUGCUACAGUUACAGGUAUUUCAACUGCAGCAAGAGAAAAAGAAGCUGCAGGAGGACUUCUCCUCUCUGCUGCAGGACAGAGAGACGCUGGAAAGGAGGUGUGCUACUAUCCAGAGGGAGCAGACCCAGCUGGGACCACGUCUGGAAGAGACAAAGUGGGAGGUGUGUCAGAAGUCAGGAGAGAUCUCCCUCCUGAAGCAGCAGCUGAAGGAGAUCCAGUCGGAGCUCAGCCAGAAGGCCGGAGACAUUGUGGUCCUGAAGGCCCAGCUGAGGGAAGCCCGUUCUGAACUGCAAGCCAGCCAGGUGCGAUCCCAGGAGGCCCAGGCGGCCCUGCGGACGCGAUCUCUGGAGCUAGAAGUCUGCGAGAAUGAACUCCAGAGGCGCAAGAGUGAAGCGGAGCUGCUCCGAGAGAAACUGGGCCGUUUGGAAGAAGAGUCAGCCCGCCUCCGUGACUCUCUGUCCAAUCACAGUGGACACUCUCUACCUGGAAAUGCGACUAUGAAGGGGCAAUGCAUGAGCCUCCCCCUCCAACAGGGUAGAGCAGGCAGAGGCGGUCCCAGUCCCUGUGUGUACCGUGACGGAGAGGAGACUCAUCUGGUCUGGGGAGGAGAGAGUGAUGAAGCCAAGGCACAGAGGCAAAAUGCAGAAACAGUGUUGGGACUCAGACAACAGGUGGACAGGCUGAAGGCUGAACUAAUGUACGAGAGGAGGACUAGUGAGGAGCAUCUUUCGCGGUUUGAGGAUGAGAGGAGGGUGUGGCAGGAGGAGAAAGAAAAGGUAAUCCGCUACCAGAAACAGCUGCAGCAGAACUACAUCCAGAUGUACCGUCGAAACCGGGAUCUUGAGCGAGUGAUGAGGGAGCUGAGUCUGGAGCUGGAGAACAGGGACAUGGAGGACUAUGAGGUCCAUAGUGGCAGCAACGACAUCCACUUUGAGGAAAUCACCGCCACUGAGAUCUAAAAACACACACACACACACACACUUACACACUUACAGUCACAGUAAUAUGUGCACAGAAACAAGGAUACUCACAAAAGAGGAUGUAAACCAAACAUUGAACUCCAGGACAAAUACUGCACUAUCUUCAACAUGGCUUUAUCAAGACCACUGAGCGAGCACUCACCACUUGUCACUGUCAAAAGGGAGAUCUCCCAACGGUGCGUUCUUACUUUCUGCGGACAGACAUGAAGUCCAAUAAAUCCUUAUGAGGUGUUCCUCCUGGCGCUUUUAAUGGGUUUUAUUCCACUACAAAGCCAGCACAAAGACUUCUUCCCUUCUGUGGGAACGAAAGCAGUAAAAAAAAAAAAAGUGUUUCUUUCUCAAACCACGUUGAAAUCAGGGUAUUGAAAAUCGUCGGGGAACUUGAAGCAAAAAAAAAUGUUACUACGUGCACAGCAAUCUGGUCAAAGCGCAGUCACACCUUUCUUGGUAGCACACAAGGUUAAACACCCGGCCACCAGCAUGCAUGUAAUGAUGCAUCAUGACAAACUUCCCAUCAAACACCAUCACUGCUGGCUGUUAAUGACGACCUCGUCAACCCAAACUGGUGCUCAUUGGCGACACAAACGACAACCGCCCCCAAUAGUCCUCCAAGCAACUGCUAAAGGGAAAUUAACACAAAGUAUUACGAGAUCUGCCGUUUGUACUUUAUGGUGUUUUGAGGAUCAGCAGUUUGUUUAAUUUUACAAUUUCUAAAAGGAUUUACAUAUUUCCUCAGCAGUGUGUAGUUAAAAAAGAAUGUAUUGUGACUGUUAUCACUCCAGAGAAAUGCAGUAUAAAUGGUCAUCCCCUGAAAUCUGCUCACCAAGGGAAACAUGGUAUAAUUUUGCACAACUUUCCUGCUCUCUUUUGUUCUGGAUACAGCUGUCUUUCUAGCGAAGAAAAUCAUCGAACUUAAACAAAACCACUUUGGACAUUUGUUUCUAGGUUUGCUUACAUGUGGACAUCCUAUUCUGUCAUUUCGCAAACGGCAGAGGACACAGAAACCAAACGAUGGAAGGAAAUGCUUUAUUCGAACGCUGCUCAUGUUUUCUAGACCACCAACAGUCAUGCUGUUGCGCUCGAUCAGUGUUUCACCUCAUUUAGACAAUGAAGCAAGCUCAGACAUAAACAUUUACAUUUUACAAUUAUGUAGCACUAGGAAGCAGACCGUAGCAUGUGAGAUAUCACCAGGAUGCUGCUGAUUCUCCUCUUUCUCUGUCUUUUUCUGUCUUUCUCUCUAUGUGUGCUCUCUCUUUCCAUCUGUAUCUCUGCUUCUUACUCAACUAUUUUUAUAACAGUGAAAAGCACCUCAGCAGUCGGUAUGAGGGAACUAAAAAUGGAGCAUAUUCUUUCAGUGUGGUUGUGACGUCGCUGAGAGAUUUAAGCCUGUGUUUGAACUGUAGGCAUGCCUAUUCAGAGUUUCCGUUUAUUCCCCUCCAUUCCCAUUAGUGCUCUUUAUUUAGCUUUUGGCAGCCCAAAGCCAAAUAACACUUUUUUCAAGUCUUCCUAGUCUCCCCUAGACUAUAAUCUUCACUGACUGCUAUACAGGUAACAAGACUGGCAUGUCUGCAUGUCUUUGUUAUAUGAGAUUUCAGAAGAAGCCUGUUCAGAUAGCGGUGAGAUGAGAAUUUGCAGAUGCAGUAGCUCCAGCACUGAAUGUCCUCAAGGCAGGUCGGCUGUUAAAGCCCUCAAUAUAAACCGGAGAGGAGCAUGUUAACAUUUGAAGCUGUGGGUUGCUCUGUUUUCUCACAGUAUAUGCAGGGCUGUGUAUAACACUGAGCAUGGCGGGUCUCUACAAAAAAAAAAAAAGUAGUAGGCUGAGAAGUUUUAUUUUACAAAGAGUCUAUAUCAAGGAAUAAUAGUUAAAUGGAAAUCUAUAUAAUGGAGGAGAUGUUGUAUAUUUUUUUAUAUAUAGCACCUGAAGAUAUUUUGUUGUAGUACUGGUAUAAGUGUGGGUUUAAUAUACAAAGUAUAAAGACUUCUAUAUAUAUAUAUAUAUAUCUACCACAUACCAAUAUUUCAAAUGAUGGAUCAGUUAUAAAUGGAGGCGGCAGCAUAGACAGAGUGCACCUAAUACUGUAAUGCAUGAAAAUAUGUUUACAUUAUAUAAUCUGUGUGACACAAACAUACACUCUAAUGACCAAACUUUGCAGCUGAUAAAACUGUUGGGAGCUUUUAUUCUGGGCUCAGUUUUGACCUGUUGUCUCUCCAUUUUGAUUGAUCUUUCAUUUGAGUGUCAGUAUCAUAAUAUCACACCGGUUCAUCUUCAGUGUUGGGUUUUGUGCACGUCAUUCAUUUGUAAAUGCAUGAGACAGGUCAUUUUUGAGUGACUUCAUCAUUAAGUUGAGGUCGGAGCUGAUGCAAACCAAGAAAGUGUUAUGUUUCCUGUAUUUGGAAAUCUGUAGAACCCCUUCUGGAAAAUAUGAUCAGUAUAUUUGAUCAGUCUAUAUUUUGCAUGACAUUACCACGUCCACUGUGGUUUGACAGGUUUUGUAGAAUAUUAAAAGUCUGCACUGUGCAUAAAUUGUUAACGUGUAGCCAUGGGAAGCGAUUCUGAAUGGAACUAGUUGGCUUUGUCCAAUGAUAUUCAAUUUGUGGACUAGACUGUUAUUUACUCACCACAGAUGCAGCACAGGUACAGAUUAACCACAAACUGACUCCCUCAGUGAUGAGUGCAUCCCAGACAUCCGUUUAUUCUCUCAUAUCUCAGUUUCAUCGUUGCAUAACCGUUUUCUGUGUAAAUAUGUAAAACACUAAUAGUAUAACAGAGUGACAUUGUCUUUUAUUUAGACAAAAUAUCUAUUUCAAAUGUAGCCACUGUGACUAGACCAAAGCAACGUAACACAUUUCUUUUUUUUGUGGCAUUUUUCUCAUCCUUUUGUGUGCAUUUUUUUUAUGUUUACUUACGUUGUGUCUUCAGUAAUUCAGAAAGUAUGUAGUUGUCCAUGUAUAUUUUUAUGUGUACAUUUCUUGUACAAAUGACUGUGUUUUUAAUUAAAGAACAAGUUGUCACACCUUAAA